AUGUCGCUCAACUCGGUGGAGAUGCUAUAUAGGAUAUUUGUGUCCCUGCUGUUCACAGGCCAGCUUGCGACUGCCGCGUUCAUUACCCCCCUGGCUCGAAAACUUCGCGCUCCAACUCCAUAUGUACACACAGAGAGAAGCGUUCGUGAAAACUUGAAGAAAAUCUUUCGAGCCAUCCUCCUUUUCCUUUCCAUCACCCAUCCUCUCUUUUUUCAAAAGCUCAAAAUGGUCUUCAAAGUUGCAGACGUGUCUCUCGCUGCCUUUGGCCGCAAGGAGAUCGAAAUUGCAGAGAAUGAGAUGCCCGGUCUCAUGUACUUGAGGAAGAAGUACGGACCUUCGCAACCCUUGAAGGGUGCUCGCAUCGCAGGAUGCCUCCACAUGACCAUCCAAACCGCUGUUCUUAUCGAGACCCUCACCGCCCUCGGAGCUGAGGUUACCUGGUCGUCCUGCAACAUAUUCUCAACCCAAGACCACGCUGCCGCAGCUAUCGCCGCAACCGGGGUUCCUGUCUUUGCCUGGAAGGGUGAAACUGAGGAGGAGUACUUGUGGUGCAUUGAGCAGACCCUUGCCGGAUUCAAUGGCGGAAAAUCUCUCAACAUGAUCCUCGAUGAUGGAGGUGAUCUCACCAACCUCGUUCAUGAGAAGUACCCGCAGUACCUUGCUGACGUUCGUGGUGUCUCGGAGGAAACGACUACCGGUGUCCACCAUCUCUACAAGGCCUUCCGUGACGGCAAGCUCAAGGUCCCUGCCAUCAAUGUUAACGACUCUGUCACCAAGUCCAAGUUCGACAACUACUACGGAUGCCGCGAGUCCCUCGUCGAUGGUAUCAAGCGUGCCACCGAUGUUAUGCUUGCUGGGAAGGUCGCUGUCGUCGCUGGGUACGGUGAUGUUGGCAAAGGAUGCGCGGAAUCUCUUAAGUCCUACGGCGCUCGCGUUAUCAUCACCGAGAUCGACCCUAUCAACGCCCUCCAAGCCGCCAUGGCCGGUUAUGAGGUCACCACCAUGGAGGAAGCUGCUCCCCGUGGCAAUGUCUUCGUGACCACCACCGGCAACAGGGAUAUCAUCACUGGAGCCCAUUUCGCAGUCAUGCCUGAAGAUGCCAUCGUUUCUAACAUCGGCCACUUCGAUGUCGAAAUCGAUGUUGCAUGGCUCAAGGCUAACGCCGCCUCCGUCACCAACGUUAAGCCCCAGGUCGAUCGGUACACCAUGCCCAAUGCACGUCACAUUAUCCUCCUCGCUGAGGGCCGUCUCGUCAACUUGGGCUGUGCUACCGGCCAUCCUUCGUUCGUCAUGUCUUGCUCAUUCGCCAACCAGGUCCUUGCCCAGAUCGCCCUCUGGACCACCCCUGAAAAGUUCCCCCUCGGCGUCCACAUGCUCCCCAAGGAGCUCGACGAGGAGGUCGCCCGAGCCCACCUUGCUCAGCUGAACGUCAAACUGACCGUUCUCAGCGAGACCCAGUCCAAGUACUUGGACAUCCCCGCCCAGGGCCCUUACAAGCCUUCCCACUACCGCUACUAA